UUCGGGGGCAAGACAUCAACAAACCACUCGCUGUUUCUUUGGAUUUCCACGAUCCUCCUAUCCUACGUCCGUCUCUCUCCGCUGGAGACUCCGCUUUGCUAAACCUUCGUUUGCGCGUGGCGCCCCCAUGUCUGUGGCGAUGGCGCUGGGGAUGGCUUCCCCCUCUUGUGUAUCGUGUUCGCAGGCGGCUGCUUGCACUGCUACUGCUCUUAAAGUUUCCAGACCCGCCGCGUCGGGGGAAGCCCCUCGAACCCCUCCUUUGCACAAGACGCCGUGGUCUUGCAGCUUGAUUAUUUUGCCGGGGAGGUUUGCCCGCCAGAUCUCUCGUAGUGGUAGUGGUAGUGGUAGGUCAAAUGGAGGAGACUCUUCUUGCUGCAAAUGCGCGCGCUCCCACUUUUCAGAACGCGCGCUUUUUCAAAAAAGAGCAAACGGCGGGAGCCUAAAACGGCGCGGUUCAGCAGGCUACUGUGCUGGACCAUUCUUGCUUGGCGCCAACGCCAACCGCAGUGAGAGUCGCCUUCCUCCUCUGGCGUGCGCCGCCGCCUUGGGCUCUCCCGUCAAAGCAGAAGAAGAAGAACAAUCGACUAACGUGUCAGAACUGGAUGCCGUCUCUGCCUUCAGCGAAAUUGUUCCUGACACGGUCAUCGCUGAUGACUUUGACAAGUUCCCGCUCACUGCGGCAACGGUCAGCUCCGCGUUGUUGACGGGUAUCCUAGGUCUCCCUGGGAGUAAAUACAAGGGGUGUCUAGACUCCGCUCUGGUGUACGGCAAGUGCAUGAUGGAGGAGGAUGAGAAGAAGAGAAUCAGCUGUUUUGUAGAGAAGGCACUGGUGAAUGUAGGUGCGGCGUUAGCGAAGGAGGUGUCUGGGCGCGUGUCCACUGACGUCGAUGCCAGAUUGGCAGAUGACAGCCGUGCGAUCAUCGACAAGGUCAGGAGUAUGCUCAAACUGUAUGGGGAGAUGCAAAUUCCGCUAGACAGACUUCUUUUCCGGCUUCCAGCCACGUGGCAGGGAAUCGAAGCAGCACGUCAAUUAGAAGCGGACGGGAUCCAGACACAUGUCACGCUCGUGUACAGCUUCGUUCAGGCGGCUGCGUGUGCCGAUGCCGGUGUGUCGGUCAUUCAGCUAUACGUGGGCAGAGCGCGAGAUUGGGCGCGAAGCCAUGAGGGCGACCCCGAGAUUGCCGCCGCGAUACAGACCGGGCAGGAUCCCGGCGUAGCCCUCGUGACAAGGGCUUACAACUACGUCCACAAGAAGGGGUAUAACACCAAGAUCAUGGCUGCAGCGAUCCGGAACAAGCAGGAUGUGCUUAGUCUGCUAGGCUGUGACUAUCUCAUUGUACCGGUGAAGGUUCUGCAGUCUCUGAAGGAUGCCCCCGCUGACCUCGACUCUAAGUUUGGCUUUGAGAGAAGAUUGUCGCCUUCCGCAGCGCGAGCCACUCAAUUUCCGGCGAUGGAGAAAUUGGAUCAAGAGAGCUUUCUCAAACAGCUCGGCCCGUAUGCAGAGCAGAUGUUGAAACAAGGAUUGGAAUCGUACUCCAGGGCGUCAGAGCGAGUGGAAGAGAGCCUUGCUCGAAUCUGGCCACCUCCCAACAUGUAGAGAGAGGCAGGCGGGCGGGCGGCCUUAUCGAGUGCAUGUGCAUGUGUGUGUAUGUGUAUGUGGUCUUCUUAUUGUGAGUGUGUACAGGGAGUCGGAGCAUUCUGUGGUGCGUCUUUAUGUCUACCAUAGAGCAGAUCCGAACUGGAUUGUAGGGCCGAGAGGGAAAAAGGGGAUUGGGGGACGCACAGACAGACAGACAGACAGACACACACACAGAGAGAGAGAGAGAGAGAGAGAGAGAGAGAGAGAGAGAGAGAGAGAGAGAGAGAGAGAGAUUCUGUGGUACUUCUGUAAGAGUAGAUCCGAACUGGAUUGUAGGGCCGAGGGGGAAAAAGAGGAACCGGGGUGUGUGUGUGUGUGUGUGUGUGUGUGUGUGUGUGUGUGUGUGUGUGAGAGAGAGAGAGAGAGAGAGAGAGAGAGAGAGAGAGAGAGGGCAUUCUGUGGUGCAUCUGUAUGUCUAGCAUAGAGCAGAUUCCAACUGCAUUGUAGGGCAGAGAGAGAGAGAGAGAGAGAGAGAGAGAGAGAGAGAGAGAGAGAGAGAGAGAGAGAGAGAGAGANGAGAGAGAGAGAGAGAGAGAGAGAGAGAGAGAGAGAGAGGUGCCAACCCUGGGAGCUGCCAUGUGGCAGCAUAUAGCAGAGAGAGAGAGAGAGAGAGAGAGAGAGAGAGAGAGAGAGAGAGAGAGAGAGAGAGAGAGAGAGAGAGAGAGAGAGGAUUCUGUGGUGCAUGUGUAUGUCUAGCAUAAAGCAGAUUCCAACUGCAUUGUAGGGCAAAGAGAGAGAGAGAGAGAGAGAGAGAGAGAGAGAGAGAGAGAGAGAGAGAGAGAGAGAGAAAGAGAAAGAGAAAGAGAGAUGCUUGGCCGUGGGGGUGAUGGGUAGAUAUCAUCAGAAUUUUUAUGUAACUUUCGUGUGUCCAUCUCCUUGGGAACAGGAAGGGGUUAUUUGUUUUGUGACUGUCGCACUCAGGGAAAAAAGAAAAAAAAGAAAAAAAGGGAAAGAGGGAGCACCGGGCAUGUGAAUUGAUGGUUAAUAUUUGAGGAUGGUGAUUUUGGGGAGAAGACAAACGAAAAGAGAAAAAGGAACCAGACAACAAUACUGAGGAGAGGGGUCUUCUUCUCAAUCGUCCUCUCCUGACACCUGAUAGGGUCUUCUUCUCUAUCGUCCUCUCCUGACACCUGAAUAAGCACCAACGCUCGUCUUCUCUGCCCCAUCUUCUCCAAUCCUCCUCGCCCGGGUUCCGGCAGCGUACGUGACUUGGUUAGUACUACAGCCUACUCUCCCAUCUCGUCGCUCUACCCAUCUCGUCGGUCUACCUAUCUCGUCCCACAAUAAAGCCACCAUUCGACC